CGAAUCAAGUCGGAACCGCCCCUCUCCAGCAGUCACGCGCGGAGCACAAGUGGCUUGCUUACAGAUAGAUAGAUUACAGACACAUUUUUGGUGCUAGUUCUGUUGCGUGCGUUGCUGGGCCAGGGGACGCGAGGCAAGACACCGUCAUAUUUACCGCUUCAAUCUUCAUUUCAAAGAAUUUUGCAGAGGGAUUUAUUCUUUGCCUUCUUACUUUCAUUAUCUUUAUCUUUAUUUCAUAGCAGACUACACGCCCUCCGAUUUACGCAUUGCGAUAUCAUGGAAAGAUAGUGCAACAGUUGGCAGACGUGGGGCAGCAAAGCAGUGAGGGUGUUGGUGCCAAGCUGGGAGGGUGUCUGUAGCAGAUGGCCGAAACAGGUGUCAAACAUGGCCCGCGCUAUUGAAAAUAUUCAGGAGGUGAAGUACGUGUACGACUUACCCUACACCGUCAGGAAGCAGCUGUGCUCCAUCCUGGACGUGAACGAUGCUUGGGAGGAGCUGGGAGGUACCCAUUUACACCUCAGUUAUUUUGAGCUGCAAGAGAUCCGUCGAGCUGAGCGGAGUAAUGAAUCUCCCACCAACCGCCUGCUGCAGGUAUGGGGACAACAGAAUCACACAGUCAAGGAGCUUUUGCUCAACCUGUGGAAGAUGCAACACUUUCAAGCCAUGAGAGCACUCAAGUCUUGUGUUCCAGAGAAGUACCACACACUGUUCAGGGAUGCUGAUGACCACCUCACUGGUUUGCUUAUGGACAGCAAAGAGAAGAAAGGAGUGGUAACUACAGAGCCAGAACAAGUAGCAAUGACCUUGGGUCAACACACAGCAUCCACAGCCCACGACACCUCUGUCAGACCCAGCAUUACACCAGCAGCCUCAGCUGUGCCAGUACUCUACUCUCAUGAGGCUGAACAAAAAUCUUCAUCAUCCCUAAAUCAAAAUACAUCUGAUUAUGUGCAUUCUCACCAGAACUAUAACAUGGAGGGAGCCUGUGCCUUGGAUCCCUCUCACUACCACAAUCUUCAGACCAUUGAUGAGAAGCCUUCUAACCUCAACCACUGCUGUUCAUCUAAAGUCCCAGUGUCCCUCUUGAAUCCAACACAUCACCACAUUCCCUCAAAUUAUGCAUCUACCAACCAUCAGCCACCAGCUCAGAAUACUACAGCCCUACUACAUAAUGCAGGAGGUGCUGUAUCUAAGAAAACUGUUGGUUGUGUAUCAACUGCAACCAAACCUGAGAAAAUCAUCACCCCUCAUUCAGUAGUAUCCGGUCCUAAGGAAUCCUCCCGUCUGCCAUCUGCAGCCGAUCCUAACAAAGCUGUCUAUCGUCUUCCAUCUGCAGCCAACCCAAACAAAGCUAUCUAUCGUCUUCCAACUGCAGCCAACCCGAACAAACCUGUUUGUCUUCCAACUGCAGCCAUCCCUAACAAAGAAAUCUGUCGUCUUCCAACUGCAGCCAACCCAAACAAACCUGUUUAUCUUCCAACUGCAGCCAGCCCUAACAAAGAAAUCUAUCAUCUUCCAACUGCAGCCAACCCAAACAAAGCUAUCUAUCGUCUUCCAACUGCAGCCAACCCAAACAAACCUGUUUGUCUUCCAACUGCAACCAACCCUAACAAAGAAAUCUAUCAUAUUCCAACUGCAGCCAGCCCUAACAAAGAAAUCUGUCGUCUUCCAACUGCAGCCAACCCAAACAAACCUGUUCAUCUUCCAUCUGCAACCAGCCAUGAAAAAGCUCCUAAUUUUCUUCUAAAUGGUGCAGUUGAGAGAAAAAUCAACAACAAUGAAGGUCAUGGAACCUCCCAAGAAGUGUCCUGUGAGGACAACAACCAUGAAGAACUGAAGAGCAAGUCCAUUAAGAUUCCAUAUGACCCUGACCAAGACUACUUAAAUAAGCUAGAGGAAAAACGAGCCCGAGAGGCAGCACGUGAGGCCCAGUACAGGACGGGGGGCUCUGGCUCCUCUAGUGCUUCCAACAACUCCCCACUCACUGCACCCUACACAAGAGCUGGUGCUUCACCAACCUCUCCAACCUCUCCAACUUCUCCAAGCCAACAGCAUCCUCAGCUACAGCAGCAGCAGCAGCAGCCGCCCUCUUCCAGAAAAAUCUCCAAUGUGUCAGAUGCAGAAAGUCCAUACAGUAGUGUGCCAGUGAUUCCCUACAAAGAGCUGGAAGAGGCCACAGCUCUCUGGAGCCCACACAACCUGCUGGGACGUGGGGGAUUUGGUGCUGUUUAUAGAGGCACAUGGAAGAACACUGAAGUGGCCAUCAAGAGGAUUGAACCUCAUAGCAAUGCUCAUGCACAUCUGGAUAACACCCGUCUCCACAUCACUCAAAGUCUUGAUGAGCUGAAGCUGCUGCAGUCUUACCGCCAUGAUAACAUCCUCCAGGUAUAUGGCUACUCCACUGACCAUGAGUCAUACCCAUGCCUUGUGUACCAGUUCAUGCCACACGGCUCCUUGGAAGACAGGCUUCAGUGCCGGAGAAUAGAAGCUUUUGGUGAGAGUUCUACCCAGCGAGGCCCUGAUGUGCUGGGGUGGAAGCAGCGUUUCAGAGUGGCAUUGGGCACUGCUGGGGCCCUUCAGUUUCUCCACACAGUUAAGGAGAAACCUCUGAUUCAUGGUGAUGUCAAGAGUGCAAACAUUUUGCUAGACCAGAAUUAUGAGCCAAAGCUAGGAGACUUUGGAUUAGCAAGAGAAGGCAAGAGUCGGUCAACCAGCCUUCAGGUGUCUCGAGUCCAUGGCACCAAACCUUACCUGCCAGUGGACUACCUCCGUAGCAAGAAGCUCUCUGUGAAGGUGGACACGUACAGUUUUGGCAUUGUGCUGUAUGAGCUGUGCACUGGACUGAGAGGAUAUGAUGACAAGAGAAAAGAAGGGCAAAAGUUCCUAUGGGAGCUGGUGGAGGAGAGUGACCAGGAAGCAAUGCGGGACAAGAAACCUGUUGGAACUCAGGAGCCAGAAGUGUUUCCCUUUCUUUUGCAGCUAGGCAAGAAAUGUGCACAGCAGCGGGCAUCCCAGCGUCCAGACAUGACUGAUGUAUUCAAAGAACUUGAGAGCUUCAGAAUGGUGAUGGAGGAGCGAGCCCGAGCUAGAAGAAUCUCCAUGGGUGAAAGCAGCUCAGGAUGCUCAACACCCCACCUCCUGCAAGUGCGAUAUGACACUGCUGGCUCUCUCCAUUCCCCAUCCACAAACCCCUCGUUUCACUACUACUUCCACCACCCAUCCUCACCUUCUGCUGUCUCCACUUUACCUCCUCCUCCAUCCCCUGGCAUUCCACGCUCACCAGUUCCCCCCGGCUCCCCUCACUAUUACCCACAUCCUCCCUUAGUACAUCCCAACUAUCCUGGCAUGGUAAUGAAUGGCCAAGUUGCUUACCACCCACGGGCAUUCCCUCCUGGCAGCCAGCCUGUAUGGGUGCAAGGCCCUGCAGACAUGAUAUGUGGUGUGGCCCCUGGUGUCCAGAAAUAUUAUGUUCCUCACAACUUAUCUCCUGGAACAGGGGUUCCCCUUGAGCAACAGGAUCCUCCUAGCUAUAGUGAAACCAUGUCCCAACCACCACCUCAAGGAGCUGCUGCCUUGCCCAUUAUCCCCCAGCUGUCAAGCCUCAACAUGAACUCCAACUCUGAGUCUGAGUACAGUGAUAUGAGCAAUUCCAAAUCCAGUGUUGAAGGACAUACAACACAGUCUGUCAUGCCAGCAGCUCUGCCCCAAUAUGACCAGACACCUGCACCUGCUGCAGAAGGUGGUGCAGAUGGACUCUACCUGCCUCUCCUCACUAUGCUCAAUAAUACAAGCAGUAAUUGUAGUUGAUGUUUCAUCCAACAACCCUACUGCUCCCAAGAAGGCACUUGACUUUGCCUUUCCUAGGAAUGUCAUAACUUAACACCUAUUGGAGUCCAAUAAUGUGGAGUCUGGGCUGGUGCAAAGUAGGCUUUACUUGAGUCACUGCAUGGAAAGUGAGAGAGAUAAUAGGAAUUAAUGGUAAAAGACAAUUUAUAAGUAUCUAUAUAGAGAUAAAUUUAUUGAGUGUGGUAGAUGAGUGAUAAGGAUCCACAGUCAACUACAUACUCUAUUUCAGCCAAACUUAAGCAAAGGAAAAUAUAAAAAUGAUUUUACCUAACUUUAACAAAGGAAAAUAUGAUCAUGACCUUUGGAAAUUUAUUUGAUAGUGAAAAUAUGUGCCAAGGCUAGUCAGUAAGUGUUUGUGUAUUGUAAUGCUUAAGAUUUCUUUAAACUUAGAGGCCACAGAUCUGUCAUAAGUAAGAGUUGUGAUAGAUGAUGUUCAGUCUAUCUUAUCAUUUAUCAUGGUUUAGGUUUUUACUGCUCAUGAGUGGAUACCAAGGCAAAUGAGAGAGAGAGAGAGAGAGAGAGAGAGAGAGAGAGAGAGAGAGAGAGAGAGAGAGAGAGAGAGAGAGAGAGAGAGA